AUGGAUGCCGACUCUUAUCAAUUAUUACAUUGGUUGGAAAAAUCUACGAUGGGAUCAACUCUGACUACUUUAAAUAUUAAUAUUAACACUGAAGAUCCAUUUCACUUAAAUCGUGGUGAAAAUUGGCUAGCACCAAUUGUGUCAAAGUAUACUCUUCGCCAGCUACACAUAAGUGAACACUGCAUAGUUAUGGGCCGGGAACGCUUGUUAGUACACAAAACACAAUGGCCGAUUGAUUAUCCAUUAAAAUCCUUGGCAAUCUCAUAUGCUACUCCCCAUAUAUUUUGCAUUAUUUGUAAUCAGUUACCAAAUUUACAAAUCUUGAUUGUACAAGAUUUUUCUGGACCGAAAAUAUUAGAAGUUGCUGAGAAACCUGCAGAUAGAAAGCCUUUACUGCGUUUAACGUCGCUAUCAUUAUUAUCAAUAAAUAUGACUGAUAUUGAAGAAUUGAAGUCACUUUUGUCAUUAGUUCCUAAUCUAACACAAUUUCGAAUAAAUGCGAUGUUAGAUUUAACUGACUUUUUCUAUGAUGGUACUCAGCGGGAAGAAAUAAUUCGAGCAAAGUUGUCUCUGUUGGAUCACUUCAAAUUUUGUUUCGAACACUAUCUGUCAGAAAAGCCGAAGAGUAACAUAGUCGAAGAACAUAUUGCGAAAUUCCAAACACCAUUUUGA